CAUGGUAAGCAUACUACAAGUAUGAAUAGUCAAGCAACACCUUUCUCGGAAGUUACGGACGUUAUUGAGAAACUGGGUCAACUGUAUGCACAGCUAGCCGUUGAUUGGUCAAUCAGCCCCGUCACUCCACAUUCUCGCAAAAAUCCACUAACACGGCAUUCUGUCACGUGUAUCUUUUUGUUGAAUUUGAGUGUCGCCGAUCUACUCCAUAUUCUACUCUGUGCACCAUUUACCCUGGUCGCCGAUGUGCUACUCAUCUACUGGCCUUUUGGACCAUUUCUGUGUCGUUUUGUCAAUUACGUGCAAGGCGUCGUUGUGUUUCUAUGUGCGUUCACCCAUGUGGUACUAUCCAUGGAUCGUCUUGCAGCAAUUCAGUGUCCAAUUUGGAGACGUCGCAAAUUGUCCGCGACGGGGUUUGGCCGGGAUCCACAAUUCUCACAAACGGAAGUGAUCUGUACCCGAAGGAUGCUAACUCGAUCAAUGAAACUGGGGAUUCCACAACUCCUAUCUAUACAAUAUGUUAUUCCUUUGGUUGUGAUCACUGGGACCUAUACGGCAAUUGUGUGUCGUGUGUGGGGCUCUCCCGCCCCCGGGGAAGGAAAUGUGCAACGGGACGAGAAACGAUGUGCCUCCAAGAAACGAGUAAGUAUUGUCCGAAAAAACGUAGCAUAUCGUACAACCUUCAUUCUAUUGGUUAAAGGUUUGAAAAGACUAAAAAUCCGAGAAAAUAAUGUGAUACGGUUUCACCUGUUUUUAACUGGGCGUGAAUUUUUCAUCAUUUAUUAUGUGUGUGCAUUUAUGAUUGUGUCAAUAAUAUUAUUUAUUUCAUUGUUAAACAGGUAG